AUGGCUCUUCUGCCUACAAGCGUUCCAGCUAACUUCAGCACUGCGGUUAUGUAUGAAGACCAAAUCAACACUGGGUGUCCUCAUCCAAAAUUAAACAAAUGGCACGUUACUGUGCUGCCAGUGUAUAUUGUGCUCAUCGCCGUGCUGGGAAUCGUGUUGAAUGUGUUCGUAAUGAUGGUUUUCUUCCUUCAUAAGAAGGCCUGCACCAUGGCUGAGAUCUACCUGAGCAACAUGGCCGCUGCUGACCUCAUCCUAAUGGCUUUUUUGCCCUUCUGGGCUGUAUAUGUAGCCAACAAAUUCAACUGGACCUUUGCUAAUCCUCUGUGCACACUGGUCACCCUCUCCAUCAGGAUGAACGCCUACUGCAGCAUCUACUUCCUUGUUCUGAUUAGCAUAGAUCGUUAUGUUGCCUUGGUGCACCCGCUGUCCCAGGAGGGAAUGCGUAGGCCAAAAUAUGCCAAACUGGGCUGUCUGCUGGUAUGGUGUUUCGGCUUGUUUCUGAGUGUCCCCACACUCGUCUACAGGGACGUGAGAUAUUUCAAUUACUCAAAUGCUCAUAUGUGCUAUCUGAAUUACCCGAAUGCCACUGUACAGCGUCUGUGUGAUGUGAUGCAGAUGACGUUCGGCUUCAUCGUCCCCAUUUUAAUUAUUUCCUUCUGCACUGUCAGGAUUAUUCGAGCACUGAAUAACCGGUUAAUUGUUGGGUUAAACACCAAGAAGAUGGAGCACAAGGCCACCACUCUGGUGCUGGCGGUCCUCCUGGCGUUUAUGAUCUGCUGGGUGCCAUUCUACCUGGUUAAGGCACUCAUAAUGCUUGUAUAUGCUGACGUGCUGACAGACUGUACCCUCAUCAGCAUCCUACAUAUCUGCAACAAUAUCUUUAUGUAUUUAGCCUUCUUCAACAGUGUUCUUAACCCCAUCCUCUACGUUAUUGUAGGAAAUAACUUCCGCAAAAAAGUUCGGGAACUCUUCACGCGGUGGAGCAUUAACAGAACAACAACCCUCAACACCACGUCCACACGCUCAAUCAUGUUGAGGAAUGUUACAACUAUGAAUGCCUCAAGUUGAUCUUGAGGAUUUGUUUUGAACAGCUAGGGUGUUUUUUUCUUUCUUUUACAAUUUCACAUAAUUAAAUGAAGAUAUAACAUAAGUUAUUUGAUUGUUUGCUGUCAACAUACUCUCUGACGUACACGUGUUCGAUGACAACGUGACUCAAUUUACUGUAUUUGCCAUUGUAACACUUAUGCCAUAAAACUGUUAUUUCAUUAGAAAUGCUUUCAGACACAAGACAAUAACACUGCUACAUAAUUAAACAGCACUACUAGAUUUUUUUUCAGAACUUAUGGUCACAAACCACAAUAAUGGAGUAAUGCAAGUAAUGUACAAGAAAGCUGGAAACAGACUCACGUGUCUCUGUAACAGCACUGGUUUUAAAGUCUUAAUGUGACAAGUUGUUUCCUUUCUUGUCUGUGUGAAUGUCCCAGAAUAUGUGUGUGAAUCUGUUUCUCUCUAUUGUAUGAUUUAAUAUUUAUUUAAAAAAAUGAUAUAUAAUUUUUUUAAUAUUUUAAUGUUAAACAUUAAAUGAAAACUGCCCUAAAUUAUAACUAUGUAUUUUCCUGCCUGUUUCUGACGCUGAUAACUCAUGUAUCCCUUCUUUGACUCCAGAAAGCUAACAUAA